CCUCUCUCCUUCUCUGAUUUCAAUCUUUUCUUCUUCCUCUCACAAAAAGCUUCCCAUUUCACUCUCCAAUGGCGCGAGUCGACUUGGACGGAAACCCGAUCCCGCCGCUGUCAAUAUGCCUCAUCGGCGGCGGAGGCUUCAUCGGAUCUCACCUCUGCGAGAAGCUCAUGGCCGAAACCUCCCACAAGGCCGUCGUCAUCGACGUCUCCUCCGAGAAAAUCAAUAACCUCCUCGACAAAUCUCUCCCCUGGGCUGAUCGCAUCGAGUUCCAUCACAUGAACAUCAAGAAUGAUUCUCGCCUCGAAACCCUCGUCAAAGCUUCUGAUCUCACGAUUAAUCUUGCGGCAAUUUGUACGCCGGCGGAUUACAACACUCGCCCGUUGGAUACGAUCUACAGCAAUUUCAUUGAUGCGAUUCCGGUGAUUAAGUUUUGCACUGAGAACAAUAAGCGUUUGAUCCAUUUUUCUACGUGCGAGGUCUUUGGGAAGACCAUAGGCAGCUUUCUCCCUGAGGAAUAUCGGAAGGACCCAAAAUAUUUCGUACUCAAAGAAGAUGAAACUCCUUGUAUUUUUGGUCCAAUUGAGAAGCAGAGGUGGUCUUAUGCUUGUGCAAAGCAAAUGACUGACAGGCUAAUAUAUGCUGAGCAUGCGGAGAAUGGCCUCAAGUUCACCAUUGUGAGACCUUAUAACUGGAUUGGCCCAAGAAUGGACUUCAUUCCUGGUGUAGAUGGCCCAAGUGAGGGUGUCCCUAGAGUCUUAGCCUGCUUCAGUAAUAAUCUCCUUCGCGGCGAGCCGCUCAAACUUGUGGAUGGUGGAAAAUCCCAGAGAACCGUUCUCUAUAUCAAAGAUGCAAUUGAAGCUGUUAUGUUAAUGAUUGAUAACCCUGAGAGAGCAAAUGGACAUAUCUUUAAUGUCGGAAACCCAGACAAUGAAGCUUCUGUGAAGGAACUUGCUGAGCUUAUGAUACAGGUUUAUGCAAAUGUGUCUGGUGUGCCAGCCUCUAGUCUAUCAACUCUGGAUGUGAGUUCAGAGGAUUUCUAUGGUAAAGGCUAUGAUGACAGUGAUAGGCGCAUCCCUGAUAUGACACUUAUCACCAAGCAGCUUGGUUGGAAGCCAAAGACACCUCUUGAUGAACUGUUGCAAGUUACCCUCAAAUAUCAACAUGAGACAUAUUCUCAUGCUAUCAAGAAAGAACUCUCAAAACCAUCAAUUUGACUCCAAGUUCCUUUGGAGUUACAUAGCAUGUUAAUAUCGCUAUGUUUUUUUGACACCUAAAAGCUACUCUGAUAAAUAUAUCCCCAGCAUUGAUUUUACUUUUAAAAUCAAUUGUAGAAGAUUUUCCAAACAUGCACUCGGUUUUGUUUUGUUUUGUUUUGUAAAGAUGAUACUGACUAAUGUUGCACUGGUUGUGAGCUUCUAAAUCACAAAUCAAGUGUAUAUCUAUAGUCAUAGUUUUGUUAAUUCUUCUUGUAACUUAGCUUUUUGAAUACAAAUUUUUGCCUUUUCUUAGGGGCUAUGGCAUUUGCCUCCUUUUUUUAUUCAGGCAUUUUCAUU